UCCUCCUAUACCCACAGUCAAAAAAGGACAUUCGGAAGAGCUCGAUGGAGAGGUUCCCAUCAUCGUCGCGGCAUAAGAGGAAGGGAAAUCCUCCGUACAGUAACGAGCCUUCAGGAUAAAGCCGCCGCUUUCUUCAGUUGGGAAACGCAGAUCUCGGUGUAGCCUUAGGAAGCACGCUGGCAUAACGUGACGCCGCCUGUCGGGUCAGCACUACUGCCUCCGCCCUUGCACACAUAAUACCUACAAAGGCACGCACGUUACAGCACCUCGACCAGAAGGCUGUGCUGCUGCCACUCCGGGCACGCACACGGAUCGCACGCUGAUAUUGUCGCCGCAGCGCUUUACACACACACACGGAUUAGGAACCUCUGCCACCGCCGCCUCUACUUUUCUCUCGCAUCCUCCCACUCCGUGUUUUGCCUUCUGCCUUGUGGGCUACUUGGCUCCGUUUGACUGCCUGCCUGCUUCUCAGAGAGUAAGACGGAGGGGACAGAAGAUGACCGCCUUCUGAAAACACCAGGACCAUAUUACUGACGAUUUCAAAAAGCUAUAAAUUAUCUUCACUUAUACAAGCGGGUCGACAAUGGUGCUCCAACAAUCUGUUCAAGCUUCCUGAGGAAAAAGUCUGCAGUAGAAACAUCAUGAAAAAACAGCCAAGAAUCAAACAUCACAAGUGACAUUCUUUAUUAAGGACUGUACAGUUUUCACCUCUUAAACAUCUAACAAGUGAAGAUGAAAAACUGAGUACAGGAGGAAGAACAGGAUGAAGAAUGCAGCUGCAGUGAUCAGAGCUGACAGCUUUAAUAAAGAGAGCUGCUGAAGCUCCAAUGUGCACUGAUGAUGAACAAAAUACUGCAGAUUCAUCUUGUACUGGAGAACAUUCUUCACUUUAGAAAAUAUAAAGAUGAUUUAAUAAACUGCAACAGAAGUCAAUGUAUUGACCUCUACAGAUUGCUACAAAUGGCAGUGUUGGGUUCCAGUGUUCACUGUGGGAGUCCCAUACAUAUAUAGAUCCCUCUGGAAGCAGGAACUGCUCCAUUUUCUUUGGUCUUACAUGGUGAUCUUUCAGUAACAUAAGUACACAUACUCAGAUGACUUUGGAAAUUUUUUCACAUCAAUGAUGAAAGGAUUAUCUGGCAGUCGCAGUCACCAUCAUGGAAUUGCCUGUGAACCAGCAUGUGACUCUAUGGUACAUCACUCAGACAGGAAGCCAUAUUUGUUAAAUCCUGUGGAACAUCACCCUGCAGAUCACUCUUACUACACUCAGAGGAACUCUUUUCAGGGAGAAUGCAUGGUUCCCUACAAUGAUCAGCUUGCUAGCAGCACAUUCCCUCGGAGACAUUAUAAUGCCCGUAAUGAACUUAAAGAUGAGUGUGCUUUGGUGCCACAUGGAACAGCCAAUAAAAGUAAUCGCAUCCCUGCCAAUCUUUUGGACCAAUUUGAACGGCAGCUUCCUCUAAAUCGAGAUGGCUACCAUACUUUACAGUACAAAAGGACUGCUGUAGAACAACGUAGCGAUAGUCCAGGAAGGAUCCGUCAUUUGGUUCAUUCCGUUCAAAAGCUUUUCACAAAAUCUCAUUCUCUUGAAGGCCCAUCAAAGGGCAGCAUCAAUGGAGGCAAAUCAAGCCCAGAAGAAACACAGUCUAUGAGGUAUGGCAAACGUAGCAAGAGCAAAGACAGGAGGUCAGAAGGAAAAUCCAGGUCAAAUGCAUCAGGAUGGUGGAGUUCAGAUGACAACCUAGACAAUGACGUUUGCAUUUACCAUGGGCCAAGUGGGGUUAUGACUAUGGGAAGAUGCCCUGACCGUUCUGCUUCUCAAUACUUUAUGGAAGCCUAUAACACUCUCAGUGAACAUGCUGUGAAGCCUUCCAGAAGCAAUAACGAUAUCAAAUGUUCCACCUGCGCAAACCUGCCAGUAAAUUUGGAUGCUCAGUUAAUGAAAAAAAGUUCUUGGUCCUCUACACUGACAGUGAGCAGAGCCCGUGAGGUUUACCAAAAAGCUUCCAUGAAUAUGGACCAGACAGUGGUGAAAUCAGAGACUUGUCAACAAGAGCGGUCUUGCCAGUAUCUUCAGGUUCCUCAAGAUGAAUGGUCUGGGUAUACUCCACAUGGCAAAGAUGAUGAGAUUCCAUGCCGGCGAAUGCGUAGUGGCAGUUACAUCAAAGCCAUGGGAGAUGAAGACAGUGGCGACUCUGACACUAGCCCAAAGCCAUCUCCAAAGAUUGCUGCACGAAGAGAGAGCUAUCUCAAGGCCACCCAACCAUCACUUACGGAACUCACCACUCUCAAGAUAUCUAGUGAACAUUCUCCAAAGCUUCAGAUCCGAAGCCACAGUUACUUGAGGGCAGUGAGUGAAGUUUCAAUCAAUAGGAGUCUGGAUAGCCUGGACCCUGCAGGUUUGCUUACUUCUCCCAAAUUCCGUUCCCGGAAUGAGAGCUACAUGAGGGCCAUGAGCACUAUUAGUCAGGUGAGUGAGAUGGAAGUAAAUGGUCAGUUUGAAUCAGUCUGCGAGUCUGUAUUCAGUGAACUAGAAUCUCAGGCAGUAGAGGCCCUGGAUCUGCCAAUGCCAGGCUGCUUUCGCAUGAGGAGCCACAGCUAUGUGAGAGCAAUCGAAAAGGGCUGCUCCCAAGAUGAUGAAUGCUUGUCGCUGAGGUCCUCGUCUCCCCCACGCACAACCACCACUGUGAGGACCAUCCAAAGCAGCACCGUUUCUUCUUGCAUUACCACAUAUAAGAAGACACCACCUCCAGUCCCACCAAGAACCACCACCAAACCUUUUAUCUCCAUCACAGCCCAGAGCAGCACGGAAUCUGCACAAGAUGCCUACAUGGAUGGACAUGGACAAAGGGGAGAUAUUAUCAGCCAGUCGGGACUUAGCAACUCCACAGAAAGUUUGGACAGUAUGAAGGCACUAACAGCUGCUAUUGAGGCAGCCAAUGCACAGAUCCAUGGCCCUGCCAGCCAGCAUAUGGGAAACAACACUGCUACUGUCACCACCACUACCACUGUUGCCACAGUUAAUGCAGAUGACAGAAAGAGGGAUCAUUUCAAGAAAAACCGAUGUCUGUCUAUUGGAAUACAGGUUGAUGGUGGGGAUGAAUCUUCUAGCUCAAGUGAAAACAGAGCAACCAGUAAGUUCCAAUCCAUAGGUGUUCAAGUAGAGGAGGAGAAGUGUUUCCGCAGGUUCACACGGUCAAAUAGUGUUACAACAGCCGUUCAAGCAGACAUGGAUUUCCAUGAGAACUUUGAAAUGUGUAUGGACCCUCAAGAAGACAAUUAUCCUGGGCAAAUAUCAAGACAGUAUUCUCGAGAUGCCAGCACUUCCACUGUAAGCAUACAGGGCUCAGGAAAUCAUUAUCAUGCAUGUGCAGUGGAUGAUGACUUUGAUGGAGAUUUUGAUCCUUCAAUUUUACCUCCGCCGGAUCCCUGGAUUGAUUCUAUAACUGAAGAUCCAAUUGAAGCAGUUCAAAGGUCAGUUUGUCAUAGAGAUGGACACUGGUUCUUGAAGCUUCUUCAAGCAGAGAGAGAGCGCAUGGAAGGUUGGUGCCAACAAAUGGAGAGAGAAGAACAAGAAAACCUCCUGCCUGAAGAAAUUCUAGGUAAAAUUCGAACAGCAGUUGGCAGUGCACAGCUUCUCAUGGCCCAGAAAUUUUACCAGUUCAGAGAACUGUGUGAAGAAAAUCUGAAUCCCAAUGCACAUCCGAGACCAGCCUCCCAGGAUUUAGCAGGGUUUUGGGAUAUGCUGCAGUUGUCUAUAGAAAAUAUUAGUAUGAAAUUUGAUGAACUUCAUCAGUUAAAGGCCAAUAAUUGGAAACAGAUGGAUCCACAUGACAAGAAGGAGAGAAGGGCCCCUCCUCCAGUGCCAAAGAAGCCAUCGAAAGGUCAGGUGCCACUCAUACGGGAACGCUCUUUGGAGAGCUCACAGCGUCAGGAGGCCCGGAAACGGCUAAUGGCUGCCAAACGAGCCGCGUCUGUCCGUCAGAACUCAGCCACUGAAAGCGCCGAAAGCAUUGAGAUUUACAUCCCCGAAGCCCAGACCAGGCUAUGAAGGGAUCCAACCAGGAGGACUCUUAAUGGCAAGAAACAUCUCUUGUAUAAUCUGCCCUUCUAGGUCCAUGCUCAGAGACACCAAUAAGUAUUUGUAUUCCCUCUCCCUUUAUCUCUCUCUUCUCUCCCAAUGAAGUAACACUUCUGUGGCGUAGUUGUCAAUCAUCCAAGAGAUUUUCGCUAAUUCCCCUUGCUUUCUAAAGGUUUGCCCAUGUCAACCUAAUGCUUUGUCACAUGUACUGAUGCUGCCACCUUGCCUCAUGUAAAGAGUCCCACAGGCACACAAAUGAACUCUCUCUCUCUCUCUCUCUCUGUCACACACACACACACACACACACACACACACACAAACUGUACAGUAGAUACACCUGUUAAUUCAUUCUUGGUCCUUAAAGGUAGCCUGUUAUCUAGUGUACAGCAAUAUUCAAUUAUAUGGUAUUUUGGAAAUUCAGUAUUGCAGGGUAAACCUUUAGGAUUCUGUUGUCUUCCUAAUUAAUGAUGAAAGGAGAUCUAGCUCAGAAUCCCUUCUUGAUAUGACUAUUAUUUUUUUAAAAAGAUGGCGCACAUUAUUUCAUUCCUAAGAAUCGUACCUUCUCACCUGACAGAUUGGAAGGAGAUGGAGAGAUAGGCAUGCUGCAAUAAAAGUUGAACAUAGUCUUUCAGAUGAAAUGUAAAUGAUCCUAUGAAGAACUGCAGCUGUACAAACUGCCUUGUUUUUAUUUCCUCAGUCUUGCUUUCAAA